AUGUUUCUGGUUAAGGACAUUAAUGAAAACCAGACACUUGCAAAACUUGCAUGGACAAAAACACCAAAAAAAUGGUUUAGAGCUAUGAGUCACGUCACUUCUACAUUCAAAGGUAUGGGAAGCGAGGAAAAAUCAAAUUUACAGUCUUUAAGAAGAUACUACUUAUUUAGCUGCAGCGAUGCAGAAACAGGGAAAGCAAGGGAGUACACAGGACGGGUGGAAGACUUUAUCAAUAUAAAAGAAAUUAUUUCGAAGUUUAAGGGUUUCUAUACACUGAAAGCAACGGCAGCAAAGGAAAACAGGCUAAAAAAUCUUAGCUCAUGUAGAAGAACUUUUCCCAAGAGAUCUUUAACACCACUUACAGCUGUAACAAGUACGCCUUCGUUAAAUCUAUCAAAUAAUCAUGCAAUAACCUUUGUACUUGUUCGGUAUGAUUCACAGGCAUAUAACCAACACUACUGCAAUUUCGAAAUUGCUAAGGAACUCGUGGUACUCACAGGGCAUAUCAUCAAAUAUAAGCUUACCAUUAUUAAAUACCCACCAGAAUAUGGAUCCAGGUGGGUUACUUUUGAGGUCCGAUAUUGUAAAGUACCUCUGGCUCAUCAAGAAGAUGUAAUGAUUGUAUAA